AUUGGCCGAGGCCGCCGGCUUUUUGCGUUUGUGUACGUUUGGAGCGCGCUCGCGUGUGCGUAAACGCGACAGAGGAUUCAAAGUCUUUCCCAGACGUCCAGGUUGCGCAUGCAGCACACGGGGAUGUGCUCGCUGUCAAGAAAGAGCCUGUAAUCUGCACACACAGGGACGAGUGGCGGAAUAUUUCCGGGAUCUUGGUCAGGAGACUGAACUGUGCGUUAAUUGCGUCUUUUUUCCGCGCAAUGACAGAAGUGGCCGGUCCCGCUUCAAUACUGGACUCUGAGAUGAUGUUCCAGCCAGAGUCAGAUCAGAUGUCUCCAGUUGAACCUAAGUCUCCACCGCUGGACCUGAUUGACACGGGGAAGGGACUGAAGGUCCAGACUGCCACGCCUCAUCUGGUGAGCCUGGGCAGCGGGCGGCUCAGUGUGGCAAUCACCCUGCUGCCACUGAAAGAAGGGGUGACCCGCAUAGGCCGAGAAGAUGCUCCAGUUCCUCAAGAUAUCACUAUCCAGGGGCCCGGCAUCGAGGCAGAGCACUGUCUCAUCAUCAGUGAAGGAGGGGUGGUGACCCUGGACCCCUGUGAUCACCUCUGCAGUCUGGAUGGCGUACAGGUCACUGUGCCCACACCUCUCACACAGGGUUAUUCCCUGUGUCUGGGUAAGUCCUAUUUCUUCCGGUUCAACCAUCCUGAGGAGGCCAGCAGAAUGAAGAGCAUGCUUCCACAAAAGAGCCCCGUGUCUGCUUUAGCCUACAACACAGACUACCUAAAGUUUAGCAGUGACUAUAGCCAUGCAGUGGUGGGCGGCACCAGCAGUGCUAGGGGCAUGCGAUCAGCCUCUGAGCUCCGGGACUUAAUGGACACCCUGCAGCGCAAGAAGAUUGCCCUGGAGAACAGCCUGAGAGCCAACGGGAAUGCUAACCCAUCCUACUUCAGUGUCACACAGUCUCCCCCAACCACUCCUAUCACGAGUCCUGCCACAUCUUCAUCAGCCUAUCAGGAACAGGCCAGGCGUUUCUAUGGCUUAGAUCGUCCACCCAUGUCUUUGAAAUCUGCACCUCCUCUUUCCCCUGGAAGACGAUCCGACCCGUCCUCUUCUCUUUCUUCCCGCUCCUCCAUUGGUCGCAACCAGGACAAUUUCAGUGAUGGCCGCCGGCUGCACAACCCAGGCUCCUCCUCUUUACUGUCCACAUGGAAUGGUGGAGGCUCCUCAGUUUCUGUUGAUGGUAGCAAUAGCUUCUUGCUUUCUCUUCCUCCAUCGUCCUCCUCAUCCCGCACUCCAUCAGCAGGAGGUGCAACCAGCAUGCCAUCAAGCCCUCGUCUUGGCCGCCGUAGCUAUGGAAACCAAGAGCCAUUGCCCAGCAGUCGAACCAGGAAAUACUCAGCAGGCUCACUGAGUGGGAUGAUGGGAGGUGGGCACAGCCGCUCGCUACCACGCCUCUGCCCCUCUCCAUCUCCCCGUGACAACAGCAACGGUGCCUUGACUUUGUCAACGCUGCCCCCAAGGCGAUCCGAGGGGAGUUGCAAAUUUAGCAAAGAGCAUUACAGCAACAGUCAGAAGGCCAGCACUGACCUCAACCACAACUCCAGUAACUCAAGCCAGCUCUCCUCCAGCAGGAAUCAAAUCCAGACCUCAACUCAGGGAGAAGGUGUUGUGUCUAUCUCACUCUCCACACCUAAGAACUUGCCCUCCACCACCCCUUCCAUCUCAUCCAUAAACGCCCCCCCUGAUGUUACCAUCCCAUCCAGGGCGGGGGGCUCCUCUUCUCCUCGUGUGGCCAAAAAACUCAGCCUGACUUCCACUAGUUCUGUCGGCUCCAUCAGCUCCACGAGUUCCAGCCCACCAGAAAUAGAACGGCUGGCCAGCCAUGGAGUCUCCCCAGGAAUGGAGUUGUAUUUGGGGGAGAGGGACAGGCGAGGGGUAGGCCUAGAACUCACUGGUGCCCCAGGGCCUGGACUUGGAGAGAGGAGGUCUUCAUUUGGUAAGGCAGGGCUGGAACCUGGCAUGGGGCUGGGCGAGAGGAGGCAAUCAUUUGGAAAGGCAGGAGUGACCCCACCAGGGGGUUUUAGGGAAAGAAGGGGGAGUAUCAGCUCACUGAGUGGGAAGGAGGAGCUGACUGACUACCACCAUCGCCAAAAAGAGGAGAGACUCCGCGAGCAGGAGGUGGAGAGGCUGGAGCGACAGCGGCUGGAGACUAUCCUGUCUUUGUGUUCGGAGCUGGGCCGGGCUGAGAGAGAUGGAGGUGGCGCAGCUACAAGUCCCACUUCAGCUGUGGCGGAUCUCCAAAAGAUCAACCAGGAGCUGGAGAAGCUUCAACUGAACGACGACGACGACGAUGACACACCGUCUGUCUUUUCGGACUCCUCAGCUGUCAAUGGAACGAUGGGGAACGGACACAUGGCCUCCCCUGGAUCAGAGAAUGGUUACUAUGAUGACGAUCUACAGGUACGACGGAGGCGCAGCAGCGGUCACCGCGACAACAGGGCAGAAUCACCCGCUGUCAGUCUGCGAAGCUGCGGCCCAUCACCUUCUCCACGUAUACAGAGGACCAAUGAGGCUGUAGAUGACGCAGCCCGUCGCCGUGGGCAGGAGGUGAGGCCUUCAGAAGAGGAAGUGAGGCGUGUGGAGGAGGAGAGGAUCCAGGUGCUGAACAACAUGGAGGAGGUGGAGCAAAAGAUCAAAGAGCUGGACAACCAAGUGGAGGAAUCUGCCCGAGAGGUGGAGGUUGAGCGAGCUCUGGUGGAGGCUGAGAUGGAGUCGGAGGCAGCUGCUCUCCAGCAGGAAAAAGAUGCUCUGGAAGCACUGCACAACAAGAUGGCCGACCUAGAGACCAAGUCCCAGCAGGAAAAAGACAAGGCGUGUGAGUUGCUGCAGGCAGAAAGGGGCAGAGUAGAGAGGUUGGCUCAGAUUGUGUGUGAGCAGCGCUCCCAGCUGGACAGCUGCCCUGAGGCCACCAAGGAGCCCCUGCAGGAGCAGCUGGCCAGGGACUGUGAGGUGCUCGAGACGGAGACAAAGCGUUUUGAGGACCUGGAGUUCCAGCAACUGGAGCGAGAGAGCAGGCAGGACGAGGAGAAGGAGACCCACACACAGCAGCUUCUCAGGGAGAUCGCAGACUACCAGCGCAGCACCGUCACUCGCAAGGAGCGACUUUUAACUCUAAAGAAGCAGGCAGCACAGAUUACCCAGCAGGCUCAGCGAGAGAAGGAGAGCUUCUUGAAGGAGAGGAGCAACCUCGAAGCAAUGCUGCAAAGGGAGAAAGAAAACCUCACCACUCUGGAAAGAAAAUAUGCUGACCUCACUGGUGGCCGGUGUUUCACUCUAAAGGAGGGCUAUGUCACAGUCAGUGAAAUCAAUGAGCUUUACUCACAACUUGGGGGGGACCCUAAACCCGCCCCUCACCCCACUCCAGCCAAUGCCUCUCCUGAGUCCACGGUAAACCCCUCCCCUGACGACGACACCCCCAAACAACCAGAGGAUGAGCAUUUCCGCUUGCUGGAAGAGAGGAAGAGGUCUGAGAGAGAAGGUGGCUCCCAUCUAAGUGACACAUUGCCCAGGAAGAAAACCACGCCCACCAUGACCCCGCAGUUCAUGUGUGCAACGCUGGGACGCAGCUUCCCUAACAAGUCCCAUCAGCCCCUGGUGCAGAGCACAAGCUGUGGCAGCAUUCUUCCAAGAAUCCUCUCCUUAUCCAACAAGGAGACUGAAUCUCGACGUCUGCAUAAAGGUCAGCCUGGCUCCCGAGCAGCUUCCCAGACCAACGUCUACCUCGAUGCUUUUGGGUACCGUGACAACCAGGCCUUUGACACAAUGAGUGUGGAUAGCACCGACUCCAUUGAAACCAGCAUCUCUGCUUGCUCACCUGACAAUGUAUCCAGUGCCAGUACUUCAAAUGUGGCCAAGCUGGAGGAGAUGGAGCGUCUGCUGAGAGAAGCCCAGGCAGAGAAGAGAAGCCUCCUCGAACACAAGGAGCGAGAGAUGGACAUACGAAAGCAGGCGCUGGAGGAGGAGCGGAAAAGAAGGGAGGAGCUGGAGAAGAGGCUACAGGAGGAGACGAGCAGACGGCAGAAACUCAUCGAGCGCGAGGUGAAACUGCGAGAAAAACAGAGGGCACAGUCCCGACCGCUGACGCGGUACCUGCCGGUGCGAAAGGACGACUUUGACCUGCGGGCUCACAUUGAGUCGGCGGGCCACAGCACAGACACGUGCUUCCACUUGUCCAUCUCUGAAAAGACCUGCCGUGGCUACUUGGUCAAAAUGGGAGGCAAAAUCAAAACCUGGAAGAAACGCUGGUUCGUCUUUGACCGCAACCGACGCACGCUCUCCUACUAUGCAGAUAAGCAUGAAGCCAAGCUGAAAGGAGUCAUCUACUUCCAAGCUAUUGAAGAAGUGUAUUAUGAUCACUUGAAGAAUGCACACAAGAGCCCAAACCCCUCCCUGACCUUCAGUGUUAAGACUCAUGACAGAGUCUACUACAUGGUGGCCCCCUCUCCUGAGGCCAUGAGGAUCUGGAUGGAUGUGAUCGUCACGGGUGCUGAGGGAUACACCCAGUUCAUGGUGUAGUGAAGGGUCAGGAUUGGCCAACGUGCUUCGACUCUUCGUGGCUUUAAAUACUAGUUUUCUUUCUCUUCUUUCAAGAUUUGCAAGAUGCCUCAAGAAGCUUUUUACAAAGGAUUUUUAUCCUUUUAUUAGAAAGCUCAGUUUGAGCUGUAUUUGAUGUCAUUAGCAACAACUCGAAAUACAUGACAGUGAAUCAGUAGUUGGAUUUAAGAAUGCUAAGUGCCUAAACAAUUUUAGCAUGUCAACUUGUGGUUCACUUUGCAGUGGGUUUAACCAAUAAAUCAUUUUUAAUCAUUUUAGACCGUUUUCUGUCUACAGAAUAAACUGCAUAUUAAUUUAGUGGUUUAAUUUCAUGCAUCGUUACUGUGGCAUUCUCAGGUUGUAACUGUGUGCGUGGGUGUGCAUGCAUGCAUGCAUGCAUCCUAUGAUCAUGUGUGAAUUUAUACACACACAUGUUCAAGAAGUGCCUGUUUUGUGUGCAUACUCAAUGUACAUGUCAAUUUGCUGUGAGCUUGAUUGUAGCUCCAAGGUGCUAUUCGGCUACAUGGUGAAUGACACUAAUAAGCCAAGUCACACCCCUCAUGUAAAACAUUUAACCUGGGGUGUAAUUACACACUCCACACAGUGAUUAUCAAUCAUUUUUAGAAUGGAUUACUGUUCUGGGUUUACAAUAGUGUCACCACAGGCUCAGAGAUGAAGCUCAAACAACUGUUAAAACAUAAUUAGGUUCAGGCGACUUGUUAUUUUCCAAUAUAAGGAGGAAGAAUAAUGACUAACGGCACAAAUUUGUGAUAUUUGUACAUUUUGUUUCUAAGUUGUAGUUAGUUUUUUGAAAUAGUUAUGACAAUUACUGUCCAUUAUCAACUCAAGCCUGUUGUUUGUGCCUUUUUUUAAUCUUUUUUUUUUGUGUGUGUGUGUGACAGUAUUUUGACAUGCGUAUUAUCUAUAUUUUUAAGAGCUACAUAUCUAUAUACUAAAUACCAAAACUGUCUGUCUGUGUUGAGAAAACACACACAUAUUGAAAUGUGGUCCAGAAUGGUUUUGUGAGAAAGAGCCCUCAUAGGAUUAAGCUGUUUUUAAGGUGUCAGGAGAAAAAAAAUCUAUGGUACAUGCACUCACUUAAGAGGCCUUUAGUCAUGAAAACUGACUGAUUGUUGUGCUGCUUUGGUCCACUAGCUUUCAUUGCAUUGCUUGUAUUACCACUAAAUCAAUGUUUUAGUUAAACCAACUAUCACUAAAGCUGCUUUUAUAUUGUAUAUCAUACAUCAUACUAUGUCUGAGUAAUUCAGUCCACUGAUCAGUGCAUUUAUCAUCUUGCCUCUUGGCAUUGUUUUUUUGUUUUAUUGACCAAAGUACAUGUUAAUGUGGUAUAAUGUAUAUGUGGUUUCUUUGCUUUGACUUCUUUCUGUUCAGAACAAUAAGAUCAACAGUUUAUUUGUUUUUACAUGACAAGCACAUGGUUAUUUUCCACCAACUAAAGGAGCUGUUACAGUGCAAGCUUCCAUGAUCUUAGCUUUUUGAUAUAUAUAUAAUUUUUUAUCUUGUUCCUACUGUAUUUAUGCCAUUACCAGUGCAUGUACCUUAAUUUUGUAUUUCCAUAUGAAUAAUAAAAAUGCUAUAUUUUAUCUUUAUAAUGUC